GCCCCCUCCAGCCUCGGCGGGCGCUGCUGCCCGAGGAGUCCGGGGCCGAGCCGCCCUACGCAGCAGCAACUUCAGUCUCCAGGUGCCCGUCUCCGUAGCCGCAAGUGGUGGCCGCCCAGCGCGGCUGGCCCAGCUCCCCGGCACCAAGUCGGAGGCUCCUUACGAAGAGCCGCGUAGUUUGUGAAAAGGCCAAGGCCCAGGUUGUCCGUGGCUGCUGCUCGUAGGGGCCUCCCAUCUAAAUCUGAGCUCCACUGAGCCUGAUUUUUCAGAAGCACUGAGCGCUCCCGGUCCAGAGAAAGGCCUGGGGAGAGCCAGACGCUCAACACCUCUGACAAUCCGGCCCAAGGUGUCGCCGUUCAUGUAAUUGAAAUGAACGGCCACGUCUUGAUUCUGCUUCGUGCUUGAGCCCUAAUAAGGUAAAACAUGCAGGCAGAACCCUGUUGACUUCAGUGGGGCUUGAUGCUGGUGUAAAUUGCUCUUAGCAGGGUGAUUACCAGGUGGUCUUGCCAGGUGUAUCCUAUAAGAAGGAUAGUAGCCUCCCGGAGCCCUAGAAAAUCAAGCUCAGACAAAUAGGACAAACCCACCCUAAGGUAAGAGUCUGAAAGAGACUCCCAAAUAUUUUCCUGGCUACUAAGCAAUAAUGACUCUAACAUAAACUGUCAACAGGUAUGGCUAGACACUCUUUCUGAAUAUCUGUUUAUUUUGCAAUCCAGUAAUGUUAGAAAUUUAAACUGUUCCUCUCUGUGAGCAUCAUAUUUACCUACAGUGAAUUUUAUUUAAUUCUCUAACUCAGGUGCCUCUGAACUUCCUCAGUCUUCUGUAGUCUUUGACUAAUCUAAAUAAUCUUGUGUCAUGUGCAGAUUUUGCCACGUCACUGUUUACCUUCUUCUCCAGGUGUUUAAUAAAUAAGUUUAAACUGCUCUUAGUGUAAAUCAUUGCAAUAUCCUCUUAUUUGCUUCAUUCCAUGAUUAAAAACUGAUGACUUAUUCCUGUUUUGUUUUCUGUUUCUGUCAAUUUCUAGUACACAAAAGAACUUCUCUCACACCCUGUAUUUAGUUUCUUUAACUACACCUUCUUAUGAGGAACCUGAUUAAAGCUUUUUGAAAGUCUGAACCAAUAAUAUCAACUGGCUUUCCUUUGUCAACCUCAAAGACUUCUCCUAAAGUGAGAGAUGUGAUUCUCGGUUAGAGCCCACAUUAAUUGGGUCUUAUAUUUCAGAGUAGCAGCCGUGUUAGUCUGUAUUCGCAAAAAGAAAAGGAGUACGUGUGGCACCUUAGAGACUAACAAAUUUAUUUGAGCAUAAGCUUUCGUGAGCUACAGCUCACUUCAUCUCAUGAAAGCUUAUGCUCAAAUAAAUUUGUGGGUCUUAUAUUGUGUUUCUCUAGGACAGGUGUUCUUCUUACUAUUGCUUCAAACAACUUGUCAAGUGCUGAAGUAAAGAUAGUGGCCUUUAAAUGUCAAGCUUAAUCCUAAUGCUUUAAAAAAUAGACCUAAUAUUCCAGACUAAUCAGACCUGAAUAGACUUAAAGACUUUCAAGCCUUCUUUAGCCAUCAAAAUGAAGCCCACCUUCCAGUCCUCAAGAAUAUCAGCUAGCUUUCAUUGUAAAUUACAUUGUUUUGUUAGCAGCUCACCCACUUAAUUCUUAAAUCGUUCAGAACUUUUGGGUGAGUAUUCUGUGGACCUGAUGACUUGCUGCUGUCACUAUACCUCACAAGGAGUAGACAAGAUAAGAUAGGGAACUGAAGAACCCAUGCCUAGGAAUGCCUGCUGCAGAGAUCCUACCUGAUCAUGCUGGAGCAUGCCAAGAUGAAAUGGUUUUCCCUAGGUCAGGCCUGUUUGCUGUUGGCAGUGUACAGAGAGGGUGAUGUGAUCAUACAUGAGACAUCUACCUUAACUGCGCACAGAGCAUGCAAGGAUGAGUUUGGGGUGGAACUGUGUCCUGAAGAAACAAUACAGAGGACCUCAACCUUGGGUGUGGCAGCUGGUGAAGCCUGGCCUAGCAGAAGACUCUCUUGUCCUGAAUCACACUGUAAUACAAACAGCUGCUUUGAAAGAUGGGCUGGAAGUCUGAAGAGAAAAACUGUAAGCUUCGCCCGGCUCCUGCGGAAGCAGGCGGACUCCGCGCUGCAGCUCCAGAAACCUGCCCACUCCGUGGCGCUGAUCGGAGCCCCGUUCUCCAGGGGGCAGAAGAGAAGAGGGGUGGACCACGGCCCCGCUGCCAUCAGGAACGCGGGGCUGACGGAGCGGCUCUCCGGCUUGGGUUGCCAAGUGUACGAUUUUGGAGAUCUGAGUUUCACUCAAGUGCCCAAUGAUGAGCUGUAUAACAACUUGGUCAAAUACCCACGCUCUGUUGGAUUAGCCAGCCAGGUGCUGGCUGACUCUGUGAGCAGAGCAGUGGCUGCUGGACAUAGCUGUGUAACCAUGGGAGGUGACCAUAGCUUGGCACUUGGUUCCAUCAGUGGACACACACGGCAGUGCCCUCACCUCUGUGUGAUCUGGGUGGAUGCACAUGCCGAUAUCAACACCCCUCUCACAACUCAAUCUGGAAACCUCCAUGGACAGCCAGUCUCAUUUCUGUUACGAGAGCUCCAGGAUAAAAUGCCGCUGCUUCCUGGCUUUUCCUGGCUAAAGCCCUGCCUCUCAACAUCAGAUAUUGUCUACAUUGGUCUGAGGGAUGUGGAUCCUGCUGAACACUAUAUUUUGAAGAACUAUGACAUUCAGUAUUAUUCAAUGAGAGACAUUGAUCGCCUUGGAAUACAGAAAGUUAUGGAAAGGACAUUUGAACAACUAAUGAGCAGAAGACAAAGACCAAUUCACCUGAGCUUUGACAUUGAUGCUUUUGAUCCUUCGCUGGCUCCAGCAACAGGGACUCCUGUUUUAGGUGGAUUAACAUAUCGGGAAGGCAUGUACAUUACAGAGGAAAUACACAAUACAGGAUUGCUUUCAGCUGUGGACCUGGUUGAAGUAAACCCAUUGCUUGGAGCCUCUCAGGAGGAAGUGAAUGCUACAGCUAGUCUUGCAGUAGAUGUGCUAGCAACAUGCUUUGGGCACACCAGAGAAGGAGCACAUGCUGUUUUUGAUGAACUCCCAACACCCAAUUCACCAGAUGAAUCAGACAGUGAAGAGCAAGUGAGGAUUUAGGACCCCCAAAUGAUGGAAGACACUUCACAUUGGGCAUUCCGUUGAGGCACUUGAGUGGAUAGAUUGUCAAACACAUGGAGUGUUUUACUUUGUUUUAAAGAGACUAGUUUUUUCCAUUUGACCAAUAACUGUUUUAUUCAUUUAGAUGUAAAGUAAUAAAACAAUUACCUUA